UUUGAAUAGGAGGAACUCGACAAGAUGAGCAUAAUACGAGCUCGCGGGGUCAACCUCGCCGCCGCCGGGGCGAAUACGCGCGAUGGAGAUGUGUACAAGAUGGGAUCGCGGAUCAAUCUUCGCCGCAGCUUGGAGUCUAUUGGAUCUUUGCUGCGCAGGAGUGAUUGUGUUGCUACCGAUGAAUCCAACACCUGCGAGAAGCCCGUUGGGCCUUCGGAUUCGACGCUCGCCAUUGUGCUGGGAAUUAUAAUUCCCGUCAUUGUGGCCAUCGUGGUUCUCUACUUCCUGCAUCGCCGGAACAUGCGCCGCGACAAGCUGGAGGAGCUCAAUGACCCGACCAAGGACUUGGAUUUCGGCAUGGGAGAUGCCCCCGCCAAGACGCGAAAGAGCCUGCUGGGAUUAGGGGGAGAGAAGCCGAUGCACAAGGGCGGACUCUCCAUGGACAUGAACCUCUCGUCGCCGUACCUGCUUCCGCCGGGCAACCAAGGGUCUCGCGAAUCCAUUCACUCGUAUGCUCGAACCCUCCAAACCGAAGAUGACCCCUAUAGAACCGUCAACCAAUAUGCAGCUAGUGAUGUUGGUUCGAUUCGAUCCUUCAACCCGAACGACAACUCUGGUGCACGCCCUCCCAAGUCCAGCGCUCUCUCCAAGCCUCCUAUGCAGCCAAACGCAAACCCGUCGACCCCGCGAUCCCCGUCUCCGGAUGAGAAGGGUGACCCCUUUGCUACACCCACCGCUCCCAAGCCCACGCAUCAGCCUUCGUCCAACGCCGCCGAGGUUCAUGAUGUCAGGCUUCCUGUCCAGCCAAUUGUUCCGGAAAUCGAAACGGUCCCUGCCGUCGACGUCUUCAACGCCGACGAAUUCGAGAUGCCCGACAUCCCGGCUCCUGCUCCCGCUGCUCUGAAGCUCCGCCAACAAGACGGCUCCCGAAGCCCUGCCCCCUACGAGCAGCCCAACUCGGCGCGUUCCUCUGCUUACACUGAUAAUGGCCGCGCCUCCUCGGCCAACCCUGCUGAUGGAAACGUGCCCCAGAUUAACUCUCCCGGACAACCUCCUCAUGAAGAUGCCUCUCAGGAAGAACCCCGUGGCCGACCUCUCUCAAGGCCUCCUGCUCCUGGCGGUCUCGGCGUUCCGCAAGCCGGCAACAACAAGCGACUCUCUGUUGGUUUCCGACCGCUGCCUCCUAAUGAAGUGAUGGAGUCUGAUGAUCCCGAAAUCCGUGCCAACCGCAUCCGCUCCUUCUACAAGGAGUACUUUGAUGAUUCUAACGAAGCACCUCCUCCCAUGCCCACUCAGCCUCUCCAGCAGUACCAGCAGCAACAGCAGCAGCAGCAGCAGCAGCCCCAGCAACAGCCUCAGCACCAGGCGCACGGCGGACCUGACUACUAUGAAGACUACGACCAGGGCUACCUGGAGGCCGCUGCUUACUACGAUGCCGACUCCAACGCCUUUGUGAUGCCGUACGCCCAGCCUGUCACCCGUCGUGCCAUGACACCGCCUCCCAGCGGACGCCAGGGCGGACCAAUGGGCGGCCCGCGUGGUCCCGGCCCUCGUGGCCCAGGCUUCCGCGGACCCAAUGGCAACGGCGGUACCUUCUCUCCCGGCCCCGGACACGGACGACCUCGUGCCGGCUCGGCAUUUGGACCUCGCCCUGACUCCUCUGCCUCUGGUGCGUGGGCGCGCCAGCAGCAGCCCAAGAAGAACUUGCCCCCUCCUGCGCCCCUGAACACGCUCCCGACGCCCUCCAAGCUGGGCGAUGAUUCAUUCGCCAUCUUCAACGCGGCCGACUUUGCCCCUCCGACCAGCAUCAGGGACAAUGUCGCAGGCCGAAGCCAAAGCCCCUUUGGUGAGAGGAAAGCUUUCUUGCAGCCACCGACUGCCGGCUCACAGCUGGCCGGUGCGUUUGAAGACCUAGCACCUCUACCAAGCCCACACUUGCUCCGAAAGUCCGGAACCUUCACAGGGCUGGACUUUGCCCCUCCCAAGAAGUUCAGAGACCCCGAGGUUGCCAGCGACGCAGGCAGCAUCAGGAGUAACAAGAGUGGCAUGUCUCAAGCGCAGCUUCAGGCCAUCCGAAGCGGCGCCGGCCGUGUGAGCCGCCUCCCGGGCGACACGGUGUUCACGACCGCCGCCAUGGACGACCAACUGAAGCCUUCAUGGACUCUGCGACCUUAGACGGGAGCAGAGUGGGCGAGCUGCCUCGGAUGACAUUAUUUUAGUACCAGCGUCGUCAUUUCUUGCUUACGGCAUUUUGCAUGAUCUUGCCAACAGAUAGCGGCAUCGAAGCGCUCUCUCCGACGUGGGGGGGUUUUGUUUAUUUUGUUCACUUCCACAGGAGUAAUUAGGGAUUACGACGGACUUUUUUCUUCGAAUUUUUCUUGGGCUUUGCGAUGUUUGCAUAUAGAUGGACUUGGAACCUAACCACACACAUGAAGAACAUCUCAGGUGACGACUUCGGGCCUCCUUGGGGGCAUCUGAAGGGAUACUGUACAUAGGCAAUAUAGGUCAAUCAGAUGCACUCACCCGUUAAUAUUCUACAU